AUUCAUUAGAGUCUCGUCUUAGAUAACUGUUCGUAAUUGGACACAAUCCACGACAUAACACACGAGGUAAUAGAAAAGUACAUAGCUAGACAACAAAACUUUUAUCACAGAAUUCGGUUUUUUACUUGUAUUUUUUUUAUUUUUAUAUUAUAUUUCUAUUUAUUUUUUUAACUUUUCGUAUUCGGAAGUGUGUUAAGUUUUAUUUAUCUAUGCAGAAACUCGUAUUGAAAUCGCAUCAAGCACCAUUAACGUGAUGGGUUUGGACUUUUUAGAAAAUGGUUCAAUUUUUGAGCAUGCUAUUACAUGCGCAGAAUUCGGUAAAUUUCACUAUUAUUUGCUGGUACUUAGUGGUUUAAUUUAUGCAAAUUGCGCUAUAUCUAUCACAAUCAUCUCAUUUGUUUUACCAUCGGCACAAUGCGAUUUCGAUUUGAGUUCUUCAGAUAAAGGCCUUUUAAAUGCCGUUCCCCUUUUAGGCAUGUUCUUAGGAUCUUAUUUUUGGGGAUGUUUAGCUGAAAUGCAUGGAAGAAAAAAUGCGUUGAUUGGAGCGUUACUCUUAGAUGGUAUUUUUAGUUUAAUAUCCAGUUUUCUAACGUUCUUUUGGCCUUUUUUGUUUUGUCGUUUCUUUAGUGGUUUUGGGGUUGCUGGUUACUUGGGAAUAUUGUUUUCAUACUUGGGAGAAUUUCAACCAAAAAUUUAUAGGGAAAAAGUAUUGUCAUGGUUGGAGACAUUUUGGACUUUGGGCGCUAUUGCAUUACCAUUGAUCGCUUGGGGUAUCAUACCACUAACAAUAGAAUAUAGAUAUGAUAUUUUUAAGUAUUCCUCAUGGAACGUUUUUUUAACAUUAUGUUCUUUACCCAGCAUCUUUUUGGCAUUGUGGUUAACUCAAUUUCCAGAAAGUCCAAAGUUCUUACUAGAGUGUGGUGAAUAUGAAGAAGCACUAAAGUGUCUUAAACAGAUAUAUAUGGAAAAUACGGGUGAACCCGGUGACUCUUAUCCAGUACGAAGUCUCAUCGAGAACGAAGUACGUUGCAGUAUAGUCAGUAUACAGUCAAAACGAUCACUAAGAAGUAUGAAAACUGUCAAGACCCCAAAAGACUUAAGAAACUUACUAAAAGAGAUUUGGUACCAAACUAAGGAAAUGUUUAAGCCACCACAUUUAAAAAACACUGUCCUUACUUGUUUAAUACAAUUAGGAUUAUCGUCUACAUACUACACAAUGAUGUUAUGGUUUCCGGAGUUGUUUAAUAGAUUUGAACAUUUUGAACAUGAACAACCUGGCAAAGACACAUCAGUUUGUCAAGUAUCAUCGGUAUACAUUAAAACCAAUGGGAACCUCAACUUAAAUGACUCGUGUGGAUCAAGUAUUGGCCAUUCUGUGUAUUUGCAUACUUUAUGGAUCGGUAUAGCUUGUAUCCCUACAUCUCUUUGGAUGCCUUUGUGUGUACAUAGAUUAGGCGCUAAAUUUUUUUUAGUAAUAAGUCUUUUUGUAUCCGGUGUUGUAAUAGCUGCAUUGAACUUCGUCAGAAAUUCUUUACAAAAUCUUAUAUUAUCAUGUUUAUUUGAAGCAUUUACAAGCUUGGGUAUCAGUGUACUUAUGUGCAUUAUGGUGGAACUAUUCCCAACUAACAUGAGAAUCAUGGCAGCAGCUGCAUCUGCUACGUUUGGUCGUUUAGGGUCAUUGUUGGCUAAUAUACUAUUUGGAUUGCUCAUCGAUUCACACUGCAUAUUAAUUAUUAUUAUUUUCAGUUCGUUUUUGAUAAUAAGUGGUAUGUUAUCAUUGGCUCUUCCCAACACCAAACAUAAAGAUUUAGAUUAAAUAUUUCAGUUAAAACCUGUAAAUUAAGUAUUGUCUAUUCUUCUAAAUAAGCUAUAUAUUAUUACAUUACAAAAUUUGGAGUACCACUAUGUAUUAAUUUGGAUAGUAAAUUAUUUAAAUAUUUUCAUAGUUUAUUAAUAAUAAAUUAUAAACUUAACAAUGUGAUAAAAAAAACUUUAUGAAUCAAUGUAUUAUUGUUUAAGUUUUGAACUUGAGCAAAUUGUGACAAUUUUUUAUAUUGUAAAUAAAACUGGCAACAGCCAUUAA